AUGGAAGCUUCUGGUCUCUUCCUUCCCCAGCUGCCUGCAGGGAGCCUGCAGCUCACUCUCUACCAGUACAAAACAUGUCCUUUCUGCAGCAAAGUCCGAGCUUUUCUUGAUUAUCAUGGACUACCCUAUGAAAUUGUGGAAGUGAACCCAAUAAUGAGGAAAGAGAUAAAAUUUUCUUCCUACAGAAAGGUGCCUAUCCUGCUAGCCAAUGCUGGAAGCCCUCUGCAAUUGAAUGACUCUUCCGUAAUCAUCAGUGCAAUAAAGACCUAUCUCAUUUCCAAGAGGAAUAGCUUAGAAGAAAUCGUGUCCUUUUAUCCUCUUCUGAAAACUGUAACUGAGCAAGGCAAAGAGGUGUUUGAGUAUGGGAAUAAAUACUGGCUCAUGCUGGAUGACAAGGAGACAAAGCGAGUCUACCCUGUCAAAGAAGUGAGAGUGGAAGAAAUGAAGUGGAGAAAAUGGGCAGAUGAUUGGCUUGUUCACCUCAUCUCCCCCAACGUUUACCGUACCCCCAGAGAAGCCUUGGCAUCCUUUGAUUACAUCGUACGUGAGGGGAAGUUUGGCACCCUGGAAGGUUUAUUUGCCAAGUACAUUGGGGCUGUUGCCAUGUUCUUCGUUAGCAAGAGACUGAAGAAAAGACAUCACCUUCGAGACGACGUCCGAGAAGACUUGUAUGAAGCAGUUAAUGAGUGGGUAAAAGCUGUUGGCAAACAUCGACUGUUCAUGGGUGGAAACCAGCCAAACCUUGCUGACUUGGCAGUGUACGGGGUCCUCCGAGUCAUGGAAGGGCUGGAAGCCUUUGAUGACAUGAUGGUUCACACCAAGAUUCAGCCUUGGUAUCAGCGCAUGGAAGAAGUAAUUCAGAAAGCUGAAGUUGCAGUCUGAUGCCAGCUGCAGCUGCCUUCCUGAAGUACUUGCAUGGUAAAAAACUUCAGAAGGAAUGGAAUUUAUUUUUUAAGAAUUGAAAUGGACUGGUCACAGCUAAUGGACUGACAUGCAGGCACAGAGACUGUCCUGUUUAGA